CAGUUUGUUGUGCCGAACAGGUGAUGACGUAAGAUGACGUCAGCUGUUCAAGUCUUCGUGCUGGCUGCCUUGUUGUCCCACGCCGGUGCACAACAAACAGCGUCUGACAGAAACCUCCGACCAGGGCUUCCGAGAAACCCUGGCGGUGUCCAUGAAGAAUCGCAGCUCAUAAGCAUGGCCGUCCGAGCAGCCGAGUCUUCCGUUAUUCUUCAAGACGGUUCUCCUGAAGCCUUGGACGUCCUUCAGAAUUUCCUGGCGUCACCCCACCACCUCUCCAUUCAGCUGGGGAACAUGCUGAGCCUUCUGCAGGAGAGAGGAGACUUUCCUAACUUCCGGCGUGGUUUGAACGAAGAAAAGAGCAUUGUUGUCAUGGUGUUCAGUGACGUGGAUGUUGUGAGGAAAUUCAUUGAAGCAAAAGAUGUUUUGUGGAUCCCUUGCCCGCUCCUGCUCCUUAGCCUCACGCCGGGGGAAGACUCCAGAGACAUCCUGAAGGAGGUGAACAAGGUGGCUCGGUCGUCUCUGCUGGAGCCACACUUCUCGCGAGGACGACCCACCUUCUGUCUGCUCACGUAUCGGCCCUUCGCUUCGUCGGCAGAAAAUAUCGUAGUCCAGUCAUGUGGUUCGAGGAUUGUGUUCAGUUGGGACGACUUGUUUCCAGAACGAUUUGGAAGCUUCGAGGGUCGCCACCUGGAAGUCGCCAGCUGGAUAGACGACUUUCCGUUUCUCUUCUACGACAGCAAGGGAACCGCCACGGGGAUCUGCAAGAAGAUGCUGGACGAGAUCGCUGAGCAACUGAACUUCACAUACGAGCUGCAGGUAGAGCCUCCUGACGGGUACUGGGGCGACCUGGUGAAUGGCACGUGGCAUGGCAUGGCGGGGCAGGUCGUGUACGGCCAGAAAGACCUUCUUAUCAACGGCUUCGGUAUUUUGUUAGAUCGCUACCACGCCAUGGACCUGUCGGUACCUCACACCUUCGACUCGUACAAGGUUGCGAUGAAACUUCCCCCGCCUCCCCCUCGGUGGCUGGCAGUCGUGUACCCGUUUCAGGGCGUCGUGUGGGCAUGCGCAGUGGCCACGUUGCUCGUCCUUACCUGCGCAUUCCAUGUCAUCAUCCGGAAAGAGCAUUCAUCAGUAUACGACCGUGAAUCGGACCUUAUAUCAACGGCCCUGUGGCUCUCACGGACGGUGCUGAAACAGUCUGUGACAAGAAUCCCUAACGUGGUAGGAUGUCGGCCCGUCCUGUACUUGUGGUGGAUGGGCGCGCUCGUCCUGUCCACGUCCUACACAGGCAGUCUCAUUGCUUUCCUUACAGUGCCUUCAGAAGCAUCUAAGAUAACCUCCCUGGUAGAACUCGCUAAAGCGCCUAAUGAGCUUUGCCUCUACGAUUACGGGGACUUCAUCGUGAACUUCCUGAAGACCUCCAAAGAGCCGGUCUACCGCGCCCUCGGAGAGAAACUGCACCUGUACUAUUCAUACGAUGUCAUCUCCCAAAAAAUUGAACAAGGCUUUGCGUUCGUGGAGGCGGCCCUUUACUGCAAAUACUUAUUGAUCCAAUGGAAGAAGAAGGAUGCUUAUAUAAUACAGGAGGGCAUUUAUCCGAAUUACUACGGCUGGGCCUUUCGCAAGCAAACUCCUUGGAAGAAACAGUUUAACAAGUACAUAUCAAGGAUUUUGGAGGCCGGGCUGCUGGACCAGUGGCACCGCACCCUCGUCGCGGACUUUCGGCGCUCCCAAGGCCUCCUGCCCGUCCAGACCCCGCCGGAGAAGGAAGGUCUUCACCCUCUGUCACUGGAGGACACUCAAGGGCCGUUCAUUGCCGCUGCUUUUGGUCUCAUUUCGGCAACGGUGGUGUUUCUGGUGGAAAUGAUGUCAGUUGUCGUGAAAGGAGGAGGAGGAAGGAAGUCGAAUAUUUGUGUUGAUAGAAAAAAUAACUGACGAGUUUGGUUUAUGAUUCAUUCUCGUUAUAAACUACACGGAGUAGAAUAUGUCGAAAAAAUAUAUAUAGAGCACGGUUAGAAGUAGAUUUAUUUAUCAAAGUAUCAGUCAUUUCGUAUGUCACAAACCAUAUUAUCGAAUACCGUGCACCUCCUGUUAUCAGAAAAAAAAAUUGACUGCAAUAUAUGCUGUAGUUCCUCUUAUCUUUAUUUCUUAACUGAAAACUUUAUGUAUGAGUUAAAUCAGUAGAUG